ACAGCAACUGCUACAAUAUAUGACACUGCAACCACUGCAUGGUGUCCUGGGAAUAAAUAAUGCUUAACAAAUGGACGGUAUCCGUCAUUUGAACGCAGCAUUACAAAUACCAUAUUUACUGAAGUUCCGAGCCAUUACCACUGGACUGGAAUUUUUAGAGAAAAUGUACUGAUAAAACUCUCGUUGAAAGGAACUGAGAGCACAUCUAGACCACCAGAAACGUCCAAGUAUACUACAGUCACACCUUCAAAUAUCCAAUCAACAUGUGUGGUGACUAGUGUUUUCCCAACAAAAUUGAAUACACCUGACGUUACAAAUGCAGUUGGUACUGAACGUAGCUUGUCGACGACACUCAUGUACACUACUAGACACCACGAUGAUACAAAGUAUACCACGAAAGUCACUCCAGACGCCUCAACGGAAGUUGGCUCUACAAAUAGCUUAGCAACGACAAAAAUGUUUACGAUAUAACCAACGGACUAAGCGUCUCCAACUAGUCAUGACGAAACAAUGAAGGAAAGCAAACCCACCAACUUUGAAAAUAUUGAUUUGUCUCGUAACUUUCGAAGCCAAAUAAUUGUGGCUUUAAACGUUGUACUGUUAUAUAUAUUUCAAACGAAAAUAUAAUAAUGUAUAUAUAGAUAUAAAGCAGUGUACGUUUAUUCCACAGAAAACUAUGUCGUUUGAAAAAAUAUUUUCAUGUUAAUGAUGUUAAUGAUUGUGGCUUUUAAAGUUGUACUGUUAAAUAUAUUUCCAAUGAAAAUAUUUGAAAAUAUAAUAAUGUAUAUAUAGAUAUAAAGCAGUGUACUUUAAUUCCACAGAAAACAAUGUCGUUUGAAAAUAAAUAUUGUCAUGUUAAUGAUAGUCAGCGGUUUAUGACAAUUGAACAUAUUGGCAAUUGAACAUAAAAAUACCUCACGGUACGCGUGUACAAAACUUGUUUAAUUUUGCGAUGUACUUCAAAUGCAUCCUAACAUAUACCGAUUUGGAUGUGUUUUUUAGUUUGGUCGGUAUACUAUACAUAACCAUGAUAACACAAUUCAAACAACUGUUUAUGUAUAUGUGAAAUAAACGAUUAUUUGUUGGUGUAUUUUUAGAGUCAUCCGCCUAAGGCAUCGGUAUCUGUGUUUCGGUUGGUCUCCUGUUUCUUGUUGGAGGAGCCGUGGUCAUUAUUAUGCUCAAAAGAAGAGGAAUUAUGCAUGACAAUCGGAACGCAGAAAACAAUAAACAUUCGGGAGUUGAAACUGAAUUCAAAGAAAAUAUGACUUACGCGAAAAGCAUUGGUGACAAUGCGGCUAAUCAUAAUUACUUUAUCCUGGAAAAAUGUGAGCAAAACGUUAACAACCAUGCUAAGCAUUACACUGAACCACAGGAAACAAAUAUGGGGGAAGAUAACAACACAAUACGGGAUACUGAUGGACCAUAUGCACACGUGAAAGAGACGAACUUUAUUUAUGACUACACAACCAGCUCCUUAACACCAGGACCCGAUGCCGUUACAUUGGAAAAUGUAUACAACAAACUCAAGAUUGACCGACCAAAAGCCAAUGACCAUGAGCAAAAACAUGGACUGGUCCAAAGUUCAGAAGACGACUAUGAUAUUAGCUCAGCUGCAGUGACCCAUGUAAAAGAUGAUUUUAGUGUUUAUAAUCAUAUACCACGCACUGCUUAUAAAGCAGAUGCAACAGGUGAUGAUAUAACAUGCGAUGAAGGAGACGAGUACGAUGGUAUGACACUCAAAGUCGCUAAACCCUACGAUUCUGACUAUGCCCACAUUUACAAAAAUAUAUUAAAAUAGAAUACUCCAGUCAACGUCAAUAAUAUGUAAAAAGUACUAUUAUGCAUUGUGCGUGCGAUUUGAGAAAACGGAAAACGUGAGCAUACACGUUCAAAUCUCUUUUUUUUUUAUCUCAGGCCAAAGUUUAUUUGUUUAAAUCGCUUAAUCAGAAACAAGUAUCGAGAAAAAGUACUUUAGUUUUUACCUGACUAUUAAACUAGAUCUACUUGUCCAAAGUUCGAUUUAGUUUUCAUCACUUUCUGUUUUUCUAAUCAAUCGGAGGUCAAAUUAAAGCGAAAUAAUGUGUAUACAUACACCGUGAGGUCAUUACACUAGUGGUAUUGUGAUCCAGUGCACACCAAUGAAAGUAUAACAAAUACUGCGCCGUUAAUUGGUCUGCUAUAUUCUUUGAAUACUGUAUACAAUUAAGUGUUUGCAUUGAUAAAACUUAGAUUUAGCUUUAACUUUAUUUUUAGCGAAUGAUUGCAAAUUGUUACAUUAUGUUGGAUGAUGUCAAUUGUAUAAUGAAUACGUAUCAAUUAGUGUAGAAUGAAUGACGUCAUAGUU